CCUGGCAACAUCGACAGUCGCUUUGUCAACGCUUCAUUGAGCCAAGAUGGCAGAUUUCGAAGAGCUCAGCGAUGAAGAGAAGGUCCGUAUUGCAGCUAAUUUUGUGAUGCACUCUCCCCCAGGGGAGUUCAAUGAAGUCUUCAAUGAUGUGCGAAUACUGCUCAACAAUGAUAACCUUCUCAGAGAGGGAGCGGCUCACGCCUUCGCCCAGUACAACAUGGAUCAGUUCAUUCUUGCAAAGAUUGAUGGAUAUGAAGAUCAGGUCCUGAUAACGGAGCAUGGAGACCUGGGGAACGGUCGCUUCUUUGACCCUCACAACAAGAUCUCCUUCAAGUUUGACCACCUGAGAAAGGAAGCCAGUGACCCACAGCCCCACGACGGCGGGUCAGCUCUCAAGUCUUGGAGAGACGCCUGCGAUUCUGCCCUGAGGGCCUACGUCAAGGAGCACUACCCCAGUGGAGUUUGCACCGUUUAUGGGAAAACAAUUGAUGGCCAGCAGACCAUCAUCGCUUGUAUCCAGGGCCAUCAAUUCGAGCCUAAAAACUUCUGGAACGGUUGCUGCCGGUCUGAAUGGAAGUUCAGUGUCUCGCAAUCUACAGCACAAGUGGUCGGAGUCUUGAAAAUACAGGUACAUUAUUACGAGGAUGGAAAUGUGCAACUGGUCAGCCAUAAAGACGUACAGGAAUCGCUGACUGUGUCUAAUGAGAGCCAAACUGCAAAAGAGCUUGUGAAAAUAAUUGAGGAUGCAGAGAAUGAGUACCAGGUGGCCAUCAGUGAGAACUAUCAGACCAUGUCGGACACCACGUUCAAAGCCUUACGCAGACAGCUCCCAGUCACCCGCACCAAGAUCGACUGGAACAAGAUCCUCAGCUACAAGAUUGGCAAAGAGAUGCAGAAUGCUUAGAGGACAAAGAGGCUGAUUGGGUUACGACACGCAAAUCGGGGAGAAGCCGAUGCUCGCGCAGACAUGUGUGACUCAACGUAACGUGCCGUAUGUCCUGCUAAAACAGACAUUUGUUCGAGGGGGUUUAACAGAGAAUGACAGCUUCCGUUAUGCACUACGAGGAGAUGCCUUCAUUUUACAAAGACGUUGAGUGAUGUUACUCUCGCUCAUUUGCAAACCUAUAACUUUUUUUAAAAAACAAACAAAUAAUGCCUUUAGUAACACUGUGAAAGUUUGGUUGUUUACCUGCUAUUCAAAUUCUCAGUCACAUGUUACACACACUUAGUUUCUGAUCCCUCAGUGCUUCAAAAUGGACACAUUCUCCCAAAACCCCUUGAAUUUCAUGUAGCAACUAAUUUACACUCUAUAUAACAUAACUGAUAUUCUUCAAGAGCUUCCAAUACCUCCUAUAGUUUCUUAUUAACAGAGGGCAAAUACUGUAUGCAAUUCGAUAUAUUAACUGAGCGGCACUUUAAGGCACCAAAUUUCAUGACAUCUGAAGAUCUCAUCUGUUUAGACGUAUGUAUCCCUCUGGAUCCAGGGUUGUAGCCAAAGCUUCAUUUUUUUCCCAUUCACUGACCAUAUUUUGUCUUCCCUCCUUGAAGGUCUUUCACUUCUCCUUGUUGUUGAGAGACAUUUUUGGUGAUAAUCCCUUUAUACCGCCCUGAGCUGAUACAGUAUUGGUGUCCUCCUAAAAGCUGUUUGCCUUUAGCUUUUGCUAUAUUUUUUAUACAAACUGUAAGUACAUUUAUUGUUCAUGAAAUAAAAAUAUGAUCUUCAAGCAA